GGUUGACGGAUGCCAAUGUCGAGUGUGCUUAAGUCAACAGGCAGACAGAUCCACCAUCUUGCCAAGCGACCACACGCCAAGGGGCAAUGGAUGAUUUGAACAUACCAAAAGAUCAAGUGGAGCUUUUGAGGAACGCAUUUGUCUGUUUUGACGCUGAGAAGAAGGGAUGUAUUAACACCGAGAUGGUUGGCACUAUCCUUGAGCUGCUAGGACACGUCCUGACGCCAACUCAACUACAAGAGAUUGUCCAGGAGGUAGAUGUUGAUGGUUCGGGCGAGUUGGAGUUUGAGGAGUUUUGUAUUUUAGCUUCCAAAUUCCUUACACUUGAAGAGGAAGACAGUGAUGAUCUUAUGGUCCAAGAUCUUAAAGUAGUGUUUCGAUUCUACGACAGAGAAGAAAAUGGAUUCAUAACGACGGAUGACUUCAAAGAUCUUUUAAGGGAGAUAGAUCCAACCAUGACGGAACGCGAGCUACAAGGAGUUGUUGAUGAGAUUGACCUGGAUGGGUCAGGGACUUUAGACUUCGAAGAGUUCGUAAAGGCUUUGCGCUAGAUGGCCAUGUUCUCGUCUGCUCAAAACGUCAUAUUUUUACUGGUUUAGAUGUAAAUCAAUUUUUUAUUGCAAUGAGUUUUUUUGUAGAUAAACAUUUUUGUUGUAGAGCCUGUAAAUCUUAUAUUUUUGUACGUUUUUACAAUUAUUUCAUGUCUCUAAAGCUUUGUUUUGUAACUCCAAUUUUAAUAUUUAUUUAGACCUUGUACAAACUAUCGGUAUAACAGUUAAAGUGCCGAUGUAAACAACGCCUUUGAUUGUUUUUUUUAUCUUCAACUGUACUUGUCUAAUAAAAAAGCUACUUAAUUGAC